AUGUUCAUUAAAAACGACCACGUCGGCGACAGAACCCGUCUAGAAGACUGGAGAAUCAAGGGCUACGAUCCUUUGACUCCACCAGAUUUGCUACAGCACGAAUUGCCCGUUUCUGAAAAGGGCCACAAAAUUAUUGUGGAAACCAGAGAACAGGUAUGCGAUGUGUUGAACGGAAAAGACGACAGAUUGGUGAUUGUGAUCGGACCAUGUUCGAUUCACGAUCCAAAAGCUGCGUACGAAUACUGUGACCGUCUUGCAGAGCUCUCUCAAAAAUUGUCGAAGGAUUUGUUGGUCAUCAUGAGAGCGUAUUUGGAAAAACCAAGAACUACAGUGGGCUGGAAGGGUCUAAUUAACGACCCAGAUAUUGACAAUUCUUUCCAAAUCAACAAAGGUCUCAGAAUCUCCAGAGAAAUGUUCACAAACCUGGUGGAAAAAAUGCCCAUUGCCGGAGAAAUGUUGGACACCAUCUCCCCACAAUUUUUGAGCGAUUGCUUCUCGCUAGGUGCCAUUGGAGCCAGAACCACGGAAUCUCAGCUUCACCGUGAGCUUGCAUCGGGUCUUUCCUUCCCAAUUGGCUUCAAAAAUGGUACUGAUGGAGGCUUGCAAGUCUCUGUGGACGCCAUGAGAGCUGCUUCCCACACUCACUACUUUUUGAGCGUUACCAAGCCAGGUGUCACUGCAAUUGUUGGUACCGAAGGUAACAAAGACACUUUUAUCAUUCUAAGAGGUGGUAAGAAGGGUACCAACUAUGACGCUGAGAGCGUAAAACAAACCCAGCAGGAAUUGAUUAAGGCCAAGGUGGCAGAUGAAGCCGGAGAACAGAGAAGAAUAAUGAUUGACUGUUCUCACGGUAACAGUAGCAAGGACUACAGAAACCAGCCCAAGGUUGCCCAGUCCAUUUACGAACAGCUCACAGACGGCCAAAAUGCCAUUUGUGGUGUUAUGAUCGAGUCCAACCUUGUGGAAGGUAGACAAGACGUUCCUGAAGAAGGCGGCCGUGACAAAUUGAAAUACGGCUGUUCCAUCACUGACGCAUGCAUCGGCUGGGAAUCUACUGAAGAAGUCUUGACUUUGCUCGCCAAGGGUGUGCAAAACAGGAGAAAGGCUCUUGGAAAAUGA